AUGGAGGCGCCUAUGCUGGAGUUCCGGACGGCCGGCUUCAACCCCUACGCCGUCAAGUACUCGCCUUACUUUGACUCGCGCAUAGCAGUCGCAUCCGCCGCCAACUACGGCAUCGUGGGCAACGGCCGUCUGUUCUGUUUGGGAUUGGGGCCUCAGGGUAUACAGGUGGAAAGGACAUUCGACACAAACGAUGCCCAAUAUGAUCUCGCUUGGUCGGAACUCAACGAGAACCAGCUGUUGGUGGCCUGCGGUGAUGGCUCCAUCAAGCUCUACGACACCAAUGUCGCCGAUUUCCCCGUCAUGAAUUUCCACGAGCACAAGCGAGAGACUUUUUCAGUGGCCUGGAGCCCGGUUACAAAGGAUACAUUUGCCUCGAGCUCGUGGGAUGGCACAAUAAAGAUUUGGUCCCCAGCAAGAAAAGACUCCAUCAAGACCCUCCCCGUGGGCAACUGCACCUACAGCACCUCGUACUGCCCUUCGAACCCCAACAUCAUCUCGGCUGUCUCGACCGACUCGCACCUGCGCAUCUUUGACCUGCGGACACCCAUCAACGCGCAGUACCAUCUGGUGAACAAGAUCCCCGUACACGCCUCGCCGGCGACGCCGCUGCCGCCGGGCCUCGCGCCGCCCGCCAUGCCCUCCGAGGUCCUGACCCACGACUGGAACAAGUACAAUGACGCCGUCGUGGCCACGGGCGGCGUGGACCGCGCGAUUCGCACCUUUGAUAUCCGCACCACCACGCCCGGUCCGGCCUCGGUCAUGCUGGGCCACGACUACGCCGUGCGCCGUCUGGCCUGGAGCCCGCACGCCCGCGACGUCAUCAUCAGCGCCAGCUACGACAUGACGGUCCGGCUCUGGACUGACGGGUCCACCAUGGCGGGGGCGGGGCCAGAUGCCCCCGGUGCGCCCGUCCGGGCUGGUAUGCAGCUCGGCGUCAUGAAUCGGCACACGGAAUUCGCCGUGGGCGUCGACUGGUGUCUCUUUGGCGUGGGCGGCUGGGUCGCCACCGUGGGCUGGGACGAGAGGGUGCUCCUCUGGGAUGCGAACCAGCUGAUUCGCGGAAGAGGUUGA